AAAAAACGGCAAAUUGUCAUAAUCCCUCUGUCGCCACGGACUGCAAAAGAGGAAUCAUUGAGGCACAAAAGCAAAUGGCUUUAGUUCCAACUACUAUCUCCAGUGGAGCCGUCAUUGCCGAGGUUGAUAUGGGCGCGGACUCCGCCUCUCCUACGGUUCGUGCCACAGUCGUUCAAGCUUCAACCAUCUUCUACGACACUCCUGCUACUAUAGAUAAGGCAGAGAGACUGAUUGCAGAUGCGUCUGCAUUGGGGUCGCAGUUGGUUGUGUUUCCGGAGGCUUUUAUUGGUGGUUAUCCUCGGGGUUCAACCUUCGGUGUCACUAUUGGUGCUCGUUCGCUCAAGGGUAAAGAGGACUACCGGAAAUAUCAUGCAGCCGCUAUUGACGUACCAGGACCUGAAGUUGAUCGACUGGCAGCAAUUGCUGGAAAGUAUAAAGUUUAUUUAGUGAUGGGUGUAAUAGAGAGAGAGGGAUACACACUCUACUGCACAGUUCUGUUUUUCAAUUCUCAGGGGCAGUACCUUGGGAAACACAGGAAACUUAUGCCAACAGCUUUGGAGCGUAUAAUGUGGGGUUUUGGAGAUGGAUCUACGAUUCCUGUAUUUGAUACUCCGAUUGGGAAGAUAGGUGCCCUCAUUUGCUGGGAGAACCGAAUGCCUCUAUUGAGAACCGCAAUGUAUGGUAAAGGCCUGGAGAUAUAUUGCGCACCUACAGCUGAUUCAAGGGAUGUAUGGCAAGCAUCCAUGACCCAUAUUGCUCUUGAGGGAGGAUGCUUUGUUCUAUCUGCAAACCAGUUUUGCAGAAGGAAAGAUUACCCACCUCCACCGGAAUAUGUGUUUGCAGGUACAGAUGAAGAUCUCUCACCUGAUUCUGUUGUUUGUGCUGGAGGCAGUGUCAUUAUUUCGCCAUCAGGGCAAGUCUUGGCAGGACCUAAUUAUGAAGGAGAGGCUCUCAUCUCGGCUGAUCUAGAUCUUGGAGAAAUAGCACGUGCAAAGUUUGAUUUUGAUGUAGUUGGGCAUUAUUCAAGGCCGGAUGUAUUGAGCUUGGUGGUGAGGGACCACCCAAACACACCUGUUUCUUUUACAUCUGCGUUGAAAGCAGAAAGGCCCCAGAAGUCAUAGUGUAGUCUUGGCAUCAUCGGCCACUCCAUAUAUUUUCAUAUUUGGGAAAGCUCUUUGUCAUUUAUAUUAUUGGGAGCUCAGUUAGUAUCAUGGCUUCCCAUCCAUGUUGAUGAAUGCCAAAUUUAAUAAAGAUGUAUCUAUAGCUG